AUGGAACCCGCCGUUUGGGGGCAGCUCGUCUCUUGGCCUAGCCUUGUUGUGCAGCUGGCAAUAGCUCUUGUAGCCAUCGCCAUCCGUCGCCGAUAUCUUUCCGAACUUUCAGAUAUCCCAGGGCCAUUCUGGGCGUCGAUCACCCGGCUUUGGCACGUCUUCGUCAUCCUCGAAGGGCAGCAGAAUCUGCGGCUCAAGGCUCUUCAUAGGAAGCAUGGUCAUUUUGUCCGCAUAGCCCCUAGGGAGGUAAGUGUCAGUCAUCCAGAAGCGAGAUGGAUUUUACAGGACGAUCUGUUCAAGGCCGACUGGUACAAGGUGACAAGUGUUCCGGACCGACGAUUUCAGAAUCCCAUGUCUACGACGGAUCCAAAGAAGAAGAAGGCCCUUUCGAAGCAUUUUGCGAGAGGCUAUGGCUUGUCACAAGUCUUGCAACAUGAAGUCCGCGUCGACGAAAACAUCAGGGAGUUGCUGCACUGGCUGAACGUUUUCGCGAAAGACCAGAAGCCGAUGGACCUGGGUAAUUUCGUGACGUUCACCACAUUUGAUAAUGUGGGCUCGGUCUUCUUAUCGAAGCCAUUCGGCUUCAUCAAGGCGGGAUGUGACAUUGGCGGCACGCUAAAGAACAACGUGGCCUUGAGCAAAUUUGCCGCCGUUGCUGGAUUCUUCCUCAUUCCUCUGCGGAUCCUCGUCAAUCCCCUGACCAGCGGGAUGAUGUUCCUACCCAUGGGCCACUUGUACAGGACCACGUCGAAUGCCAUGCGCGUACGGAUGAAAGAUCAUGGGUCUGAGAGGGAUAUACUCUCCCAGUGGCUCAGAGAGUGGGAGAGACACCCCAAAUUGACCCUUCGCCAGAUCGAGGCUCAGCUUAAUGUCAAUGUGGGCGCUGGAGCAGAGCCAGUCUCUACUGCCAUCCAAAGCACAAUUUAUCACAUAAUUCAGUACCCAACCGCCUUGGCAAAGGUUCGAGCCGAGAUCGCGGAUGCCCAGGAGAAUGGUUUAUGUCUGGGCGAUGUCGUGUCCUUCCGCGACGCCAACAGAUUGCCCUAUUUGCAAGCUUGCAUCAAAGAAUCACUACGCAUGUUCAGCCCUACAACGAUGGGUCUCCCUCGUAAAGUUCCUGAGGGUGGGCUCACCAUCGGAUCUCGCUUUUUCACAAAAGGAACAAUCCUUAGUGUUUCCUCGCAGGUUAUCCACGCAUCAACAGAGAUCUGGGGGCCCGAUGCUGGACAGUGGAAGCCACAACGCUGGCUGAUCGGCGACACGAGAGACAUGGAGAAGAAUUGGCUAGUGUUCUCGGCUGGAUAUAUGACAUGUCCAGGCCGCCACUUUGCGAUGAUGCAGAUCGUCAAAGUAACCGCUUCAUUGAUCCGUGAUUUCGACUUUGAUCGGGUUGAUCCUAAGAAAGCGUGGAAAUGGCAGGCGAACUUUACCGCCUUGACGCACUCUUGGCCCGUCUGGGUUCGACACUACAGCGGUGAUUCUGAAACAUCCAGAGCUAGCCCAGGCCAACAAUGUGACGUCGCCACUGGGCGAUUCGACGCUGACAAAUCCGUCCGAGUUGAGCCCACGCCAAUAGCUUCAUGA